AUGGGUCAAAGGAUAGUACGGCUGGACAAAUACCUUCAAUAUGGGCAAAUAGUCAAUACUCUCACAUUACUUGGGCUGCUCAUUUUCCCCGUAUACAGUCCAUUUUUCAAAAUUGUAAUGGCCCUGUAUGCGAGCCAGGUCACCAUCAUUCUGUUCAUCUACAUACUAAUUGCAUGUUUUAUACUGUCGCAGCCUACUUCUGAAAUUAUGCCAAAAAAGAAAUUGAAAAACACGGCGACUAAGGCCUUAUUUCAUCCGCUGGUGGCAUUCGUACAAUUAUUAUAUGGCAAUAAAAAGUCUGUUGCCUUUGUCGCAUUGGUACUAAGAAAGCUGAUCUCUUUUAUUGCGAGCCUUUAUGUCAGUUCAGCUGACAAUUUGAAUAAUCAUUUAAAAUUCUUUAGCAUUUACUGUGUGAUGGAAGUCCUAUUCACCCAAAUGAGUUGCAAGUUGGUCACAUCUAACAGGAAGGAGUAUCGCUACUUGAACAUUCGAAGGCUGGUUCUUUACUAUCAAAUCAUAGUAAUGGCGAUUCUUUUCAUUCAAUUAUACAGGUAUAGUACAUCAGCAAGCAACGAAUCUCCAUUCGAAACUCAUUGGUAUUUUUGGUUCAUGAUUUUGGGGAGCUCCAUAUUUCAUUAUACAUUGACUUUUGAGUUUGGAGCGUUUGAAAUGAGUUAUUAUGUUCGCAUCAAUGAUGUCUUCAGAAAUGACGAUCAUCGUCUGCAUUUGGCAUGA